AUGUCAACUAGUGUGCCAUCGUCUAAUGGAACAAAAGAAACGACAUUUGGAACUUAUAGUGUUGCAUAUGAUGGCAAACAUGGUUUGUUUGUAAUGAAAGGUGGAUCAGUAUCUUCAAAGGAUGGAAGUAACAGGUGGUUAUGGGUUAUUCAAAGUAUCAACGAGAAAAAAAUAUAUACAAUAAAUGAAACUGCAAAAACAUGUUCAGUAUCUCCAUUACCGGUUCUGCCAGUCGUAUGUAUACCAGAAUCGGCAUCCUAUGUAUACUCAAAUCCUUCGAAAUAUAAUGGCAAAGAAAUAAUGACUGAUACAUGGUUUGUAGAAAGCCAAGGAUCAUUUACUUAUACAACAGUUACUCGUGAUGAUUUGUGUAUUCCAGUGAGUGUAGGUGUAUCUGUACCAGAUACUGGUAUAAACUCAUCGCAAACAUAUACUCAAUUUGAAGCAAAGAUUAAAGAUAAAACUAUAAUUAAAGUACCAAAAGAAUGUUCAGGUGUUAAUUAA